AUGGAACUUACUACAGCAACUGAAAAACUCACUGCAAUAGCAAAAUUUAUCUUCCCGACUACCCUCAAGGACCUGAAAACAUACUUGGGGGUCACCGGAUGGCUAUGUAACUAUAUCCCAUACUCCGCACACAUUGUCGAACCGCUACAACUAUGGAAAACACUACUACUCAAGGAGGCCCCAAAUAAAGAAAUGAAACAGAGGAACUUUGUGCAAAAGAUGCACAAGACUGUGCUUAUGACAUCUACUAAGGCAGAAGAGGAUGCAUUCAACUGUCUACAGCAGACUUUCAUCUCACCCACCUUUUUAAUGCAUCAUAACAUCAGCAAAAUACUCUACAUUGAAAUCAAUGCAUAUAAGAAGCAGGGGUUCAGCGCCUUUUUAUACCAUACAAAUCUACUUUCAGAUUGA